GCGGAAACUGUCAAAGUAAAAUCUGAACAAUGGCGGCGUCCAAAGGCUCACAUGUUUCCCUUUCCAAAGAAUUAAAGAAACUGUUAAAACAAUUUCCAAAUUUAAAAAUCAUGGAUGACAAACCAAGGAUCAAAUGUUCUUUAUCAGGCCAUGAAAUGCCUUGUCAAGAGGAGGCUAUCCAGAGCUACAUUAAAGGCAAAAAAUUCCAGAAACUUCAAGCACAGAAUCUUUACAGUUAUGACAAAUACAAAGAACACAUAGUGCACAGCAAGAAGAAAGGCAGAGAACAUCAGUUAUUUUGUUUACUUACAUUGAGACAUUUAAACAAUAAUCCUGAACACAUCAAACGACACAUAGAGGGACGGAAAUUUACCAAAGCUUAUGCCAGAUGGGAAGAAUGUAAGAAAACCGGUGAAAAAUUUCAGCCAUUAGGAGGAAAGAGGAAAAAAGACCUGGAUGAGGAGUUAGAUGAAGAUGAGACAGGAAGUGAUGUAGACAGCCUCAGUGACCUAUAUCCAGCUGGGGAUUUAAAUGAGGAAGAAGAAGAAGACUCUGCCUCAGAUUAUGAUAUGGGUGUCAUGGAGAAGGAGAACGGAGAAGAUGACUCCAUGAAAAAUGUCAGUCAGGGCCAGAAAAGGAAGAAAAAGGAGGGAAAGAUAAAGACAAAGAAGAAAAAGACAUAGCAUAAUCUGUUAUAAAUUAUUAAAUCA